UCCAAUUUCUCUUGCCUAAAUGUACACUCCCGUCGCAAGCAUUAAAGCGGCUAGGAUGCAAAUAACAGCAAUUCAAAAUAACGUAUUGGCUAUAAUUGCGUUCGCCUGAGAUACGCUGCAUUAUCAGUGGGUCGCUGUUGUUGUCAAUAGAAUGCGUAUUUCGUUAGUUGGAAGCAUAAAAGUCCUACCCUGGCUAGCUGAACACAAACCUACCCAAAACUGUACAUUGUUAUAUAUGGUGUAGCACGAUUCUUAGUAGUUAGUCUGGUCUGAUUGGAGUGGUGCACAUACCAUAUAUUAUCAUAAUGCAGUACAAAUUAAGGCUUUUGUAAUGCAUUAAAAAAGUACAGUGUAAUACUGUAUACUGUUGCAUAGUAGUUCAUUUUAGUGAAUCUUCUGAAAUACAGACAGGUUAAAUAGCUGAUAUUUGUCUAUUAAAUACCAUUUGCCUGGCCCUCCCCAAUUAAGUGAAAGAUCAGGCAUCAUGCUGUCAAAAGUUCAGCCCUGCUUCCAGCUUCUGAGAAUAGGCUCCUCUACAUCGCCGGGCUCUGCCGUAUCUGAGGCGGCCCGCGAUCUCUACACGUUCCGGCCCGCUCUCAGCAACUCCGUGUUCCGUCUGGGCCGCAAGGCGGAGCUCUGUGAUGUGACACUGCAAUCAGCAACCAUCUCCAGGAUCCAUGCUGAAUUGUUUGCGCAGCGAGAGCUGGACUGUGAUGAUGAGGAGGGAUGGAGGGUCCAUGUCAAAGAUCGCAGCAGCAGCGGCACCUGGGUGAAUGACCUUCGGCUCCAACCGGAUGUUCAGUGGGAGCUAUCGGAUGGGGACACGCUCACAUUUGGGGGCCAAUCAGAUUCUGGAAACCCCGAAUUCUACUUCCUUUUUCAGAAAGUUUUGGUUCGACCCUCUGAAUUUGAUGCCAUUACUGUCCCUAAGGCUGGAUCCUUCACCUCUGAUCUCCAAGACAGGAUUAGAACCAGCCUGGAGCCUAAAACUGAGCCAAACUUAGAUCUCUCACCAUUGUCCUUGAAGAGGGCAACUGUAAUUCUGAACUCCAUUGGAAGUAUAAGCAAAAUGAACGGAAGUUGCUGGACAUUUAAGAGGAUUGAUAAUGCAAACACUAAUCCAGAUCCCCUGUCCCCUCCUUCCUUGGUCUCUCCCUCCACUCCACCACCGAUUCCCUCAACUACCGCUAUCUCUGUGUCGAGGUCUGUGCCCGCAUCCUCCAAAAGCAGGCGGAAGUCUGCCCACACAGUGCUGCUGGAGGAUGACAGCUCAGAUGAAAUGAGAAACAGUGGGAGGACACUGGAGGGAAGAAGGAAGAGUGUUGGCAAGAGGAGAAGACUGUGCAAGUCUGAAUGCGAAGUUUUCCAUCCGCCUCAGUCUGAAGUGGAGUCAUAUGGGAGUGAACGGUUCGAGUUCAGGUCGGAAUCCAAGAAUCCAAGCAGGCUUGAUCUUCCUUUGCAGUCCAAAGCUAAGCUUAGCCACUUGUUUUCAGUAUCUGGGCAAAAGCAUAGCUUCAGUUUGAAAAUAAAAAUGGAUUCCGAAGAUGCCAACUCUUCCCCUGGUCUGUGGAAAGAAUAUUCGCCGUUCUCCCCCUCUGCCCGUGGAAGGAGGAGAGCCCACAGCUCUCCAGCUUACUCCCCUCUGUUGGUCAGAGGGGAGAGUUACACCAUCAUCUCUCCUUCAUCGAAACAGUAUGAAUCAGACCGAGGAGACGCAGGGGAAUUUGUGAGAUUACAUGUAAAUACAGGGAAACGCCGGGGUCGACCUAGGAAACAUCCCCCAGCCCCUCCUCUGUCUUCACACUCGUCAUUCCACUUCUCCUCUGAAACGGUGGAAGGUGAGCGGGCCCGAGCAGAGGAGCCUUGUGCCUCGGGCCGCUGUCGCAUGCCGCAGCAGGACACUGUGCAGUGGAUCCAGUGUGACGACUGCGACGCGUGGUACCACAUUGACUGCGUUCAGCGGGACACUGGCACAUCCGCACUGGAUACCAGUGCAGACUUUCACUGUGGCUGCCAGUGAGACUGCAGGGGGUGGGGGCAUGGGAACCGAAGAGAUUCCAGAGCUGGGAUGCUGUUGCAAGGGACCAGAAGAAAAGACCAGUGCAUAGAGCAUUCCUUGUUUGCUGUUUAAGGAUGCAUUCUAUGCAAUUUAUUGUUCAGUUUGCUGUUAUAGCAUGUAUGUGGCACAGUUCAUUGCAAUAUUGUAUAGCCUUUCAUUUACGCAUCAUAAUACUUGCAGAAUGUUCAUAUAUAAGUGUAAGAGCUUAACAGGUGAAUUGUGGGGUAUACAUUGUACAGGAUGACACAUCAGUGAUGAUUGGGUUUUAAGAAAGAUACAACUGUUUAUUUAGAUAUUUAUAUUUCCAUUUUAAAAGAUUUUUCUUUUAGGAGCACUGCAAUUACUAGUUCAGUAACAUUUUGUAAAUGCAACCAACUGCGGUUAUGACACAAAAAUCUUUUGAGCAGAAUCAAGCUUUUUGGUGGUCAGGAAUGAUUCAUCUUCAGUUAUUUAAUUCUUAAACAGAUCUUCAAAUUGUAUGUGGUUCAGCUUUAUGUAUUAACUAACCUAUUAUUACUCAGCCUUUCUAACAAUAUCUGCAUUUCUCUACAUGCGUUAAAGCCGUGAACAUAAAGGAGUCUGCUUUUCACUUGACAAUUAAACCUCUUGGUAUCAGAUGUAAGUCAGUGAUUUCUCAUAUAACUUUGGAUUAUCAGUGGGAAAAUAAAACAAGUUGAUGCACAUUA